UCUUUUUUUUCGGUUUUCUUUUUCUUCGAUCUUCAGGCCAUGUGUGUGUACAGUGUACACACGUACAAAAUUUUUCGGUGGCCGCUUGGGCUACAUGUAGCAUUAGAGUUGUCAUGUUGUGUGCUUGUGUGCGAACACGCGCUUUGCCAUGGUUUUAAUGCUAUUUUCUAUUAAUAAUACACAUACAAAUUUAUGGAAAAGUGCAUUAAACUUUUGUACCGCACAAGGUCGCUGCUGUUGCGUUAAAAAUUUAGAUUUAGAUGUAUGUGUGUACUUUUCUCUUUCCCUCUCUCUCGCUCUUUUCUAUUGGUUAUUCAGAGCUGUCACUUUAUAUCGCUCUUUCAUUCGAACACAAUCGGCAAAUGGCUUGGCUUGGCUUGAACUGAGAGCCAGAGAGCAUUAUAUAUCUCGGAUUUAGAUUGUUGGCGAAUGGUGAAAUGUGAUUUGUGUGUUUCAUUCCUCCGACUAAUUCUUGGCAAUCAUUUUUUAAUGUCGUUUCCUUCGCAUGUGCCUUUUUGAAUUUUCGAAGCUUAUGUGUGUUGUGAUGAUCACAACUUUUUUUUUGCUCGGUUGGUCUCUCCUCUUUGUUUUCUAAUGGCGAAUCAUCAACACAAAUAGAAUAUUCUUUGUGUCUCUUCUUCUAUGAUCAAUUUCGUUUGCAAAUGCAGAGUAUGCAAAGCGCGGCGAUGGAGUAAAGGGGGACAGCAACCAACACAAAGCGACAAUGCAAAAAACGCACAUUCGUCCGCGGAAUAAACAAGUAAUUUGUGCUGAUUUUUUGCAUGUAUUCGCAUACACAAUUAGCAAAAAACCAACAAGAAAUAGGCGAAGCAUUCCGAAUCUAUUCUUCUACCUUUUUGGCUUAGAAUUAAAAUCGAGCGAAAUUUCAUGGUCAAAAUGUCAUGCACGCAGCUCUUUGACUAUUCGAUUGUGAUGGUAUGCGGUCUUUCGCAUUCCUUUUUUUUAUGUAUGUCGUUUGUGGUUGAAGAUGUGAAAUUGAAACAGUUCUUGUCGGUUGUUUUUUUCUUUGGUCGUUGAUAGAAUCGAGUGUGUGAGUGGGAUCAUGUAUGCCUUUGUGCAAGAUCAUCAUAGAAUGACAAAAUGGUGGAACAAAUGUGGACUCUUUUCGACUAUAAUACUAUAGAACAAUCGAAUAUAUUCACCCAUUCGCAUUCGCAAGCGAAAUAGAAUGUAGUUUGCAUUUGAGAGAUUAACACACGUGUGACAUUGACCGAGAGCAUAUCGAAUCACUUUCUCAAGAAGAUCAUCAAUCGCCAAAUAAACAUUCUUUAUUCUUUUAUUUUACAUUCAAAACAAUUCGAGAAUAUAUGUGUAUCAAACUGUGAAACAAAAGUGAUCUCACGAACGAAACAAAAAAAAACACAAACGAAUCGCUAUUUCUAAACAUCUUAUCAAUGCGUUAGCCACUUUGCGGUGUUGACAGAAAAACCGAAGACAACGAACAAAAAAAAAUACUCAAUCUCUUCUCAAAAUUAUUGCUUAGACUGAACAAUGUCGCGGCGAGAUACGCGCGCGUAAUCGCAUAUCAUGCAAGUAAUCUUUCGUCAAAAUAUGGCACAUACUCUUUUUUUUCACUUCUUCUUAUUCUUCGUUGAGACAUUUCUCAAUAAUGCGUUUCGGGUGGUUAUGUGUUUCAAUGCGAUAAACUAUUAUCUUUAAUCGCGAAUUUCGCAUGUACGCACUGGACGCGUAGCGCUGGGAAGGAAUGGGCGAAAAAACGCCAAACACAGCAUGGAAUAACAAUAAUAAUCAUGAGAAUGGCAACGAGAAGUAAGCUAUCGCAUACGGCAAACAACUACAGUCAUGCCGAAUAAUAAUGACGCCUAAUUUACAAGUGUAUUUUUAGUAAUCAAAUCGUACGCGUACACAAAACACCUCAUUCCAGUUCAACAAGCCGAAAUUACAUAAUGCCCAUAGCCUGUAACUCAUUUUCCAGAGCCAACCAAACAAAAAACACACACAUAAAUCAAAGGGCACGCGGCAAUUGUGAAAAAAAGACCUACUGAACGUUGAAAUGCAUAGAACAGAAUCGCUUUUUAUUCCGUUGCUGAGGUGAGUGUUAGCACAGAGGGUGCUGUGUAUUGAUAUUGAAACCUUUGGAAAAUUUGCACUCGAUAAUUGGUUCCAUUGAAAAUGUGUGUGUGAAAGGACGGGAGACGUGAAUUUUUCAUCGGAGAGUCACUUGCUAUGGCCCGGAAUUAGUGCGCAUUGGACACAAUCCAUACAGGAUUUAAGCUACACCAGCAACAGCAUUCAUUCGAUUCAUUCGUCCGAGAAAUGCGUUUGAAAAAAAGCUCGUUGCUCAUUCGCUUGGCGUGCACACGAACCAUUUGCUGUUGCUGUUGCUGCUCAGCGUGUGCAUGUGUAUUGGCAUGUAGCAGCGCUUUAGAUGUGCGAACACCACAAUGCUCUUGCUAUUCCCUCUUUUUCUAAUUCUACUUCAGUUUGUUUUUUGUUUCUCUACCAUUCCAUUUCGAACUUUUUCGUUGUUGUUGCGUUUGUCGUUCGUUUUUUCGCUCUCUCUCUCUCUCUCUCUCUCUUCCUAUGUUAUGCUUUCGUUCGCAAUGCUUGCUUUUAUAUAGGCUAUUUUGCAGCUAGCUAGUUGUGUGCGAUUACACUCCCGGCACAUUUGUUGCCUUGUUCUUCUUCUUUUUCAUUUUCGUUUCGCUUGUAUAUUAUACCAUUUCAUUGUAUAAUUCUUUUUUGAUGGUGGGUUCUUGUAUUUUUCUAGAAAUUAUUUUAGUAUUUCUUUAUUUUUUUAUAUGACCGCGUUGAUAUUACUGGUUCGCUGCUGGUUUCACUUGCAUAUCGGCUAUCGGGCCAUAUUUUUGGAAUGACUGUUUUUUAAUCGUAUCAAUUCACAUGCUUAACUUUUCUCUCUCUCUCUCUCUCUCUCUCUCUCUUUCUCUCUCUCUCUCUCUCUCGUAAAAUGAAAUUCGAAUGUCAUUUUGACACCGAGUAAAAAUACACACGCCAUCAAACAAUUCAAGUUCGGCGUUUUGUUUUCUUCAAAGAUCGUUUUGAAACUGCACUUGUAUGUAUAAAAAUGCUAACAAAUAAUUACGAACAAAGACAAUCGCACACACAUUCAGAACGAAGGCAAUUUUUUUUGGCAACAAAAACGUAUGGAAAAUAUAAUAGAAAAAAAUAACACACAAAUUGUAUUUUUAAGGUACGUUGCCCCAUUGAGUCAUGUGUUGUUACUGCUGCUGUUGCUUGCUAUUUUUCUCUGUUUUUCUAUUUCUUUGUCGAUGUUCAUAUUUUAUACUUGUUCUAUACAGACUUUUUUGAUGCGCGAUACAAUUAAUCGUUCGUAUUUUUCUUCUAAUCCACGAACAUUUCUGUUGUUUCUUUUAUUUACGUGUGGUUUUUUUUCUGAGUGGGUUUUCGUACGAAACGUAAUGAGUUUGCGAUGUGUAUGUGAACCAACUCACCGGUUGUUUUACAGCGAAUUGAAUAUGUGAGUGCUUCUAAUGCGUUUUAUUGCCCUCUUGAUUUGUGUGUGCUUGAAUCAUUUGGGCGUCAGUUGGCAAACUUCAUCACAUACAUUGUUUGACUUUUAAACGAGCGAAAAAAAUGAUAUCGGAGACUAAUUUCAACAUCAGACACGUGUAGACACUUUUUUUUUGAAUGAUCACCACUCUUGAGUUCACAAUUUUCCAUAAUCUAAACAGAAGAUAUACAUUUUGCAUCAACGUUAGCUGAUUAUUUUUGUUGUUCACACUUUUGCCUGCUUCGAUCGGUCUAUACUUUUAUUUUGCUGUUUAGAUUUUGAUACCUUAUCAAUUCAAGGAACAAUCUUACAAUGAAUUAUGUUUUUAAUCAAGUCUCUUGGAAGACAAUUUAAUUUUAAUCAAGGAUUUCGCGAGAAUACCGUAAAUUUUGCACUAAAAAUCUAAUUGAAAAUUAGAUAAAAUUUAGCUUAAAGGAGAAAAAGAGGAAAUACACAUUUCAUUUUGGAAAAAAGGCAGAAAAGAGAGUUUUUGCAUAUUUUUUUCUUAAACAUUGGACAAGACGUCAACUUAUGCCACAAAUUGAUGUGAAAAUCUUAUUGGAAAAGGAGAAAUGAGUUUGAAACAAAAAAUCUGUAGACAGAAAAUUGAAUUUCAAUGAUGAAAAAUUUUCAAUUUUUAUGGAGGUGCAUUAAUAUUUUCAAGUAGGUGACAAGGGAUUCACGAAUAGUGAAUUUCUCAAAAACAAAACUUUUGAUGAGAAGACAAUUAGCGGAAAAAUGAUAGACAUAAAGCGAACAUAUGAAAAGGUGGAAAAUUCUUAUGAAUCUUCGACGCAGAAACGUAGUUUACCUAAACAAUUCAUAAGAAAUUCUCAUUUUUUCAUAUGUUCGCCCUAUAACUAUCCUUUUCUCACUAAUUGUCUUCUUAUUACAAAAUAUUUUUGAGCUAUUCUCACUUUUAUGAAAAGGAGCCCGGUAUUCUACUCUUUUAACUUCUAUAUCAACAAAAGAUUGCAAGCUAAAUGAAUAAUAAUAAUUAAUGUUCAAUACAAAAAAAUCAUGUUCACAAACCCAGAGUUUGAGAUGAAAAUAAUUGGAUGUGAACGAAAAGAUCAAUGAAUUGGAUUGGAUGUGAAUACAGAUUUGAUUGAGAAAAUUCUGAAGUCAGAAAAGAGAAUGAAUGAGAAUCAAAUUUUGAUUGAAAUCUGCGAAAAAUGUUCAUUUUUCUUUACGAUGUUAAAAUCUUAUUGUAUUUCGUAGGUAAUUUCUAGGGUAAUUUGAAUUAGUCACCAGGAACAAUGUUCAUUGUUUCAAAUAUUGAUGCAUCAAAAUCAUUGUGGAAAUCUCUCGGAAAUGCGUUGAAUUAGAAAUUGAAUUAUUCGCAUUAUUAUCCAAAAAGAAUUUUUUCCAUUUGAUUUUUUGAACAAAUUAAAAUAUUCUGUAAAAAAAUAUUGCGCAAUUUUCCGAAAAAAAAAUACGUUUCAUUAAAUUCAUUUUCAAAACGCAAUUCUCUCCAAAUGGAUUAUUAUCCCAUUGAUAGGUUUCUAUUUUGCGUUGAAGUGUUUCAAGGCUGUACAGGGCGCUGUUGUGGUGAGGGGUUUGCGAACCAUAUGCUGUCAUCGAUGCUCUCGACCGACCGGAGAACUGUCAACGACAUUAACAGAUCGAACAAUAUGUUUUCGUCCGACGACAAGAAAGAAACUAACCUUCAAUUAGAAAAACUCAUAUUAAUGUUCGUGUCGUAGUUAACCUUAUAAAAUCGGAAUAUACGGACGAAGCAGAAAAAAACCCAUCAGUGGCGCAAAAAUGUCCGACAAAGAGGCAUUCAACAAAUGGUUGAAUAAUAAAUUGAAAAGUCUAAACACAGACGAAACUGUGUUUGGCUCGUACAUCUUGGGUAUAUUAGAAGGUGAUGAAUCAAAGGAUGAAAAACGUGAGGCUCUCGAAGGAAUUCUGUCAGCUAUCAUUGAAGAUGACCUUGAAAAUGUGAUAAAAGAAAUAACUGAUGAAUGGGAAAAGUGCGAACCGAAAAGCGAAGCGGUUGCAACGGAAAGUGAAGAUGUGGAUGCGAAAUUGGCUCGACUUUUAGAAAAUAAACACAUAACAACGACGGUUCAACGCACGUACACCGAAGAAGAGAAGAAAAUCCGUGAGCAAAUCUUAGCACAAUACAGUCAAGUGGAAUACGAUGAUGGCUAUGAUGAGGAAAAUGAAGAAGCAGCUGGUGCUAGUGGAGGCGGAGCACAAGAUGGCAGCGAUCCGCUUAUGGUUAAAAAUACAAAUGCAGCCGACGUUCAAGCUUUGGCCAAAGAGCGUCGCGAACAAGCGAAAAUCGAUAGCAAAGCCAAAAAGGACAAAGACAAGAGCGAUCGCGAAAAGCAAAAGCAACUGCGCGAAGAGAAGAAGGAAAAGAGAAAAACGGUGAAGGGAGAACGAAGACGGUAGCGCGUUUUAUUUACAUUUAUCACAAAGAUAUACAAUUUAUACUCCGCAAAUGUGUGGAACACAGAAAGCCAACCACAUCCACGCUCACGACUCGACACUGUGAUUUGUGACACGUCGAAGCAAUUUCUGAACUAUACAUAUUUCAACUACUUAUUUUUACCAAUCGAACAGCAUUCAUUCGUUUUGAAUGUCGUACACAUUAAGGUAAUUAUCAUUGAUUGUUUGAAUUACAAUCGGAAAAUCGCAGUAAUAAAACGUGAAAUUCUCAAAAAUGGAAAAGAAAA